AUGGCCUUCCUCUGCAUAACAAUCCUUCUGUGCUUACUUCAAUCAAUCUCCGCUAUAACCAACAAUGCCUCAGACGCUUACGAUAUUCUCCAAAAAAACGACUUCCCAAUCGGACUCCUUCCAAACGGAGCAACAGGCUCUGAUUUCGACAACAGUACGGGCAGAUUUUCGGUUUUUAUUCCGGAAACUUGCACGUUCAGCGUUAAGGAAGAUUAUGAGUUCAUGUAUAAGGCUACUAUAGCUGGUGUGAUCAAGCAGGAUUAUAUGUAUGGGUUGAGGGGGUUUUGGGUCAGGAGUAAGAAGCAUACGGAUCUUAGAUAUUUUUGGCUUCCUGUUUUUGACGUGCAGCGCCACCAUGAUCACCUGAAAAUCAAUGUUGGCAUUUAUAGUGACAAGUUUCGUGUUAGUGUGUUUCAAGAAUCUCCGAACUGUGGAUGUGGAUUUCGGUGUAGUGAUGAUGAUCAUGAUUCGAUUUAA